AUGACAGCAAUUCCAGCAAUUGGCCUCAGCGCCCCUCCACUUGUGAUGGGAGGAGCAGGCUUUAGUUACCAGCUCCACCCCGAUCCGGAAUCUCUGCCAAUCACGGAAAUUCUUAUACGGGCAUUUGAGCUCGGCAUACGUUCGAUCGACACGUCGCCCUACUACGAGCCUUCUGAGCAGCUCAUGGGGGCAGCCCUCGCACAUGCAGACGUCAAAGCCAAGUACGGCCGCGGCGACUAUGAGAUCAUGACCAAGGUCGGUCGCAUCAAUGAGAAUGAGUUCGACUACUCACCGGACUGGGUUUACAAGUCUGUUGCGCGAUCACUAGAUCGUUUUCACACCCCGUACUUGGAUGUCGUCUUCUGUCACGACGUUGAAUUCGUACCGAAACAAGAUGUUAUCACCGCUGUAGGUGUCUUGCUUGAUCUCCAGCGGACUGGUCACAUUUUACAUGUUGGCAUAUCAGGAUACGACAUCGAGGUUUUAGUGGAGAUUGCCGCCACAGUAUUGGAGCGUCAUGGUCGCCCCGUGGACGUGGUCCAGACAUGGGCUCAGCUCACCCUCCAAAAUACACAAGCUGAGACACGCGGAUUCGACAGGCUCCGUUCUGCUGGAGUCAAUCGUGUCUUUUGCUCCAGCCCGCUGGCCGUGAGUCUGUUAAGAAGGGGAGGCAUCCCCACGGGUCUCACGGGCGAUUGGCAUCCUGCUCCUGAGGGCCUACGGGCAGCGGCAGCUGAAGCGGCGACAUGGGUGGAGAAUAAUGGAAAUGGAGAGACGUUCUCGUCUGUUGCAUUACAGUAUGCGAUUAUGAAAGCGAAACAAAAUUGCGAAUCUUCUUUCGCGGUAUCUACAAUCACGGGUGUGAGCAGCAUAUCCGACCUGGAGCAAAAUGUCGCUGCUGCGAAGGAAGUACUGAAACAUGGCUCCUCUGCUGAAAGCAAGGCACCCGACAGCUUGCGACAUUACACUGAGCUGGAUCAAAGACACUGGAACGCAACGCGCCUCUUUUUGAGCAGGCUCGCUCGAUUCUUGGAGAAUGGGUAG